GGUAGAGCUACGUUUUAGUUGAAACACUGCCUUUCGUGAAACACAUUGUCGUUCAGUGUCGAGCAUUUUUCAUUGCGUUUCUACCGUGAUUAUGACCUCUUACACUGACAAGGGAAGGAAACCAGAAGACGGCCGCUUCUUAGCUUUUGAUCAUCUUACUUUCUGGGUGUCCAAUGCUAAACAGGCAGCCAGUUAUUAUGUAACGAGAUUUGGCUUCGAGCCUUUGGCAUAUAGUGGAUUGGAGACUGGUUCAAGAAAAAUAGCUUCAUAUGCCGUCAGAUUGAAUAAGAUAGUCUUCGUAUUACAAGCACAAUAUGAACCUGAAGAAACAGAUUUCGCAAACGAAGUUGCGUACCACGGCGACUUCGUAAAGGAUGUGGCAUUCCAGGUGGAAAACCUGGACUAUAUCCUGGAGUACGCCAGGAAACAGGGAGCCGUGGUCGUAAAGGAUUUGUGGCAGGAGGAAGAUGAAUUUGGAGUGGUCAGGAUGGCUACUGUGAAGACGUACGGAGACAACACCCACACACUGGUGGACAGGUCCAAAUAUCGCGGACCCUUCCUCCCAGGAUACCAGCUGUUGAACAGUGACCCUAUCAACAAAUUCCUACCAAACGUGGAGAUCAACUUCAUAGACCACGUAGUGGGCAACCAACCAGACGGAGGAAUGGAGGAGGCGGCCUCCUGGUACGAGAGGUGUCUGCAGUUCCACAGAUUCUGGUCGGUGGACGACAAGCAGAUCUGUACAGAGUAUUCAGCUCUUCGGUCCAUUGUGAUGGCCAAUUGGGAGGAGACGGUGAAGAUGCCCAUCAACGAGCCAGCGACUGGCAAGAGGAAGAGUCAGAUCCAGGAGUACGUGGAGUACCACGGCGGAGCUGGAGUGCAGCAUAUUGCUAUUAACACUGAGGAUAUUAUUACUGCUAUUGAAAACCUCCGUGCUCGCGGUGUAGAAUUCCUCUCCAUACCUUCGAAAUACUACAAGCUGAUCCGUGAACGUCUCCAAAAUAGUAAAGUGAAGGUGGCUGAAAGUAUAGACGAGUUGGAGAGGCUGAACAUCCUGAUAGACUAUGACGAUGAUGGCUACCUACUCCAGAUCUUCACCAAGAACACUCAGGACAGACCUACCCUUUUCCUGGAAGUUAUUCAGAGGAGAAAUCAUAAUGGAUUUGGCGCUGGCAACUUCAAGACACUAUUCGAAUCUAUCGAGUUGGAACAAGAAAAGCGCGGGAAUCUAUAAACUGAUUACUUACGUAGGAAAUAUUAUUUUGUACUCCUUGUUUGCCAUAUUACAUUAGUAUAUAGCAUACAAU